CACUUUCUUGUUCCCUCCAACAAUCAACAUCCACACAACACUUUCGACCACGACUUCGACAGCUCGCCAUUCAACCGAUCCAAGCCAUUGGCUACCAGACGGGCAUAGCACAUUAUCUUCGCCAUUUCCGAAGUCCGUUCGAUGUAGUCCGAGGCCCGAGCCACGAAGUACGAAGCUCAAAACCUCGACCAUGUCAGAGCAUCUCCGACCUCCAAUUUCAGCCCCAUCCCACUCUCCGACUCUCCACGCAACCGACGUCAAAUACGAUCAGCAAGACCCCGAAGAAGACAUUACCAUCGGUACACGAACACCGAAACCCUACUACCGUCAGAGCUUCGAGCUCCUCGAGCCCUCCGAACGACUCUUACACAGAGCAGCGACCGUGGCUCUGUCACAGCGUCAGCCCUCCUCUACAUCAGCCCACAACUCGAACCCGGCGAGCGAUAGCGGUACCGAAGCAGACGAUGAACAUUUCCUCAAGGGAUUGCCGGCCCCCAAAACCCGAUCACACAAGGGCUUACGUGGGAAGAACGAGCCGCUGUCGGGUACAUCAACACCCUUGCUUUCCCCCAACGCGCCAGACGAGGAUGGACGAGACCCCGACCUGAACUCGAGAUCUGGCUUUUCCAUACGACUAAAAAGAAGUGAGGCCGAGAGAGCUCGUAGAAGGAAAGAAGUUGUUCGCCGUGGUGCCGAGGUACUGCUGCUUGCUUGUCAGGGGGUGCUGGUAGCGUCAAACCAUGAUGUGCAGCCUUUUAUUCAAAUAUAUCGAAAAGAACUCUCCGCCUUGGGCUGGCUAUUCUCGACACUACUUGCUCUUUACCCGCUGAGGCUCGUAGCUUGGGCAUAUCGUCGAGGCAACCCAUCGAAACAAUUGCCUCUUUCUGUCCCUACUUCCUUCGAUCCGGCUCCGGCGUUAUACCCACAGCUUAUACCGCUGUUCGUCUCGCUUCUUGUUGCACCGAAUGUCGAGGGUGUUGUGUUGCCAAACGUGAUUUUGAGCAUCUGCUCGCUACCAAGACCGUUGAUACCUGGCGCGGGAUACUGGGAAGAGUACAGUUCUACACAGUGGCUAUUGUCUUGCAUUCCCCUUGUGGCGGGCGGCUCUGCUACGGACCCCGAGAUCCUGACUUUGCUGUAUCCCUUGCACCAGACGCUAUGCUUGCUCUUGCAGCAACUUACUACGACUAGCCUGCUGAUUGCAGAAUUGCAAUUACUUUCCGUGGCCCUCAUUAACGUCCUUUUACUGGCACGAUCUCCCCAGGUCGUUAUUUUGAAGGCACUUCUUUGGGGAGGUGGUCUCGGCAUUAUCGCGCUAUGUGGUAAAGUCAUCCAAUGGGGUAUCUCUUUGGCUAGAGUACCAAAGUGGCGCUUUAAACGUCCUUCUGUCUCCAGGUCUGGAAGUACAUCUGGAUUCUGGAAGUUCUUCAGAGCCGCCAAACGUACAUACUAUGAUGGUAAAACCGACAACGAGGAGGUAUUAAGUGACUCCGACCAUGUGGUUUCGGGCCAUAAUCGCAACCGAAGCUCCGCAACUCCUUCCUGGGAUUUGGGCUUCUUGAAAGGAAGGACAAGGGCGGAUAGCAUCACCAGCGCUGAAGAGAACUCCUUUCGUCAAGCCAAUGGUGCGGAUGUUCGCUUUGAUGUGCAGGAGCCACCAUCGCCUCAGCAGCCCUCUUCACGAAGGCAUACAUUGCCUUCUCUGGGUAAAAUCACCAGCAUUGUUCGGUCCCAAACCAGCACUCCUUCGGGUCGCCGGAAGCGUUCUGCCUCCACCAGUGUACGCGCCUUCUUUUCCUUGACACAAGGACAAGCUGCUGUGAGGAAGUGGCUGUACGCCGGCUGGGUCUACGCUUGCAUACUGAUCGUCAUUUUGGUUGGCGUUCGAGAAUGUGUGGGACGAUACGCUCUGGCUGGACACGAGCCCGUAGGGUGGGCGCUUGGUUAUCUAUUUGGCGACAUUCCCGAGUUCAGGCUCGAGGUCGUCAAGGCGGGUCUUGAGAGAUGGAUCUGCCUCCCGAUACGAGCCCAUGGUGAGGCUUCCGGCGCCUUGGGCGGCUGGGUUCAGUUGGUCCGGCAGUCUGUCUUUGGAGAAGCGAAUACCCGUCUCCUCCUCAGCGGCUACUGGCUAGUCAUCAUCGUAAUCGGCCUCGCCGUCGUGUUCCGUCUGUCGCCUUUUUACGAGGUUGAUACACGUCGGAAGGUCUUUCAUUUCAUGAUGGUCGCCAUGUUCUUGCCUACCAUCUUCAUUGACCCAACAUACAUCGCUCUGGCUUUGUCGAUCGUUCUCGCCAUCUUCCUUCUGGUUGACCUUCUCCGAGCCAGCCAGCUCCCCCCUUUGUCUACGCCUAUAGCCCAGUUCCUUACCCCAUACGUCGAUGGAAGAGACCUACGCGGCCCCGUCGUCAUCUCGCACAUCUUCCUCCUUAUCGGAUGCGCCAUCCCUCUAUGGCUCAGCUUAGCCGCAUUGCCGCGCAUCGGAGAAGGCCCCUUAGCAGGAUGGGAGGUCCCACUCCGUGACAUCAGCAUGGUCGCCGGAGUCGUAUGCGUGGGACUAGGCGAUGCGGCAGCUUCGCUGAUCGGAAGGAGAUGGGGUCACAGGAAAUGGCUCUGGGGAGGCGGCAAGAGCAUUGAGGGAAGCAUUGCGUUCGCGACAGCGGUGUUUGUGGGGUUGAUGACGGCUAAUGUUUGGCUGUUCGUUGGGGGCUGGCCCUCGACUGUCGGCAUGCUUUCUACGGUUGCCCGGGAAGCGGAACUUAAUGAUGGCUUUGGAUCGAGCGAGGGUGCGGCCGCGGGUGUCGGCGAGCUGGCGAUGGAUAUAAUCGGGAGGUUAUGGGAAGCCUUGUCUCAGUUGCCAAAGGCAUCGUGGUCGAUGACGGUGGUGAAGACGGCGGUAUGUGCUUGCAUGGCAUCGCUCACAGAGGCGGUGUUGACAGGAGGUAAUGAUAAUGUGGUCGUGCCGGUUGUGCUGUGGACUUGUGUCAAAAGCAUGAACAUGAAUUUGAGGUAGUGCCAGAGUAUGAUACUCCUGUUUGUUAUAGACGAAGAGAUAGAUAAGACUAGGAAAGUGUUACAAAAUGUCCAAUCUUGUGUGAUCAGA